AUGGCGAACCCAGAGCAGGGGAAUCAAACGGUUCUCACAGAAUUCAUCGUGGUAGGAUUUGGGAAUCUCCCUGAGCUACAGACUCUUCUCUUCCUGCUGUUUCUCAUGAUAUACAUUGUGACCAUGGCCGGGAACAUCCUCAUCAUUGUGCUAGUUGUGGCUGAUCAGCACCUUCACACCCCUAUGUACUUCUUCCUGGGGAACUUGUCCUGCUUGGAGACCUGCUACACCUCUACCAUUCUGCCCAAGGCGCUGGCUUGUCUCCUGACUGGGGACAACAUCAUUUCAUACAAUGGCUGUCUCACACAAUUUUAUUUCUUUGGUUCUCUGAUGGUUACAGAAUGCCUUCUGCUGUCGGUGAUGUCUUAUGAUCGGUAUUUAGCGAUAUGCAGUCCACUGCACUAUGAAGCCCGUAUGAGUGGCAGGGCCUGCCUCCAGCUUGCAGGUGGCUCUUGGAUAGGUGGCAUCAUAGGUAGUGGCAUAUCAACAUUGUCAAUAUCUCAGUUAACAUUCUGUGGCCCCAACGUUAUUGAUCAUUUCUUUUGUGAUUUUAUCCCCCUUGUAAAGCUCUCCUGCAAUGACCCACCCCUGAUGGAAACAUUGGCUUUCACACUCACCUUCGUUUUCUCACUGGUCCCAUUCCUACUUACCUUGAUGUCCUACAUCUGCAUCAUUGCCAUCAUCCUGAGAAUCCCAUCCACCACUGGAAGGCAAAAGGCCUUUUCCACCUGCUCCUCCCACCUCAUAGUGGUGAACAUUUAUUAUGGAACUCUGCUGACUGUCUAUAUGUUCCCAGCCACCGACAUCCUAAGAGACUUCAAGAAAGUUCUGUCUGUUAUCUACACAGUCCUGACUCCCCUGGUCAAUCCCCUCAUCUACAGCCUGAGAAACAAAGAGGUCCAAGAGGCUCUGAGGAAAGUUUGCAGGAAAUUCAUGUCUGGACCAUGCUAA